AUGGAGACUUCCUUGGAGGAGUUGAAGAUCCAACUGGGUGUCCUGCAGAAAUCAUUUGAGAAAUUCAACAAAUUCGAAGUCCUUCAGACAUCUUUUGAGGAAUCUGCCAAGAAGAACUCCGAGGUGCAGAGCAAAUUCGAGACAUCCUUGGAAGAAUUGGCUAAGAAGUAUUCCGAGCUACAGAUAUCCUCAAGUGAACUUGUUAAGAAGAACUCCGAUCUGCAGACCAAAUUGGAUGUUAUGCAGACAUCCUUGGAGGAAUGUGUCCAGAAGAACGAGUCAGAGGCCCUCAACAUAAGACUUGGACGGCUUGAGGAUCAGCAGGACGACGUACAGAAGUCAAUUGCAGUCCAACUGGGUGUACAGAAAAAUCUGGAGAAAGAGCAAAAAUCCCUGUUGGAAACCUUUACCAAUGUCAUCCCAAAGAACAUUGAGGCGAGACUGGUGAAGAUGGAAGACAAACAGAUGGCAGUACAGACUACCCUAGAAAGCCAGCAGGUGGAACUCCAGGAAGCCUUCUUCAGGAGUUAUCAAAUGACGCCGGAUUUUGUGCGCAUAGGCCAGCGAUAUUUCUAUGUUGAGAACAAUGUUAAGGCGGAUUGGACCACGGCAAACAGCAUCUGUCGCAAAAUGGGCGGAUAUCUUGCCGCUUUCCAAAAUCAAAGCGAAGUGGAUGCCAUUUUUGGAAAAUUAAAAGCAUAUUACUGGCUGGGAAUCAACGAUCGAGACAGCGAGAAUAACUUCGUAUCCGUGGCUACUGGCAAGCCAGUUAAAUUUAAGAACUGGAGGAAGGGUCAACCUGACAAUCAUGAAAACAAUGAGGAUUGCGUUCAUAUUAACGGAAGUUCCCAUGAGUACGCAAAACAAUUUAAUGAUUUGUCCUGUGACCGAAAGCUACAUUUUAUUUGUCAGUUUGAUAAAGAAGUUUAG